AUGGGAGAAAAUAAUGAGAAUAACCUGCAAAGGUCAAAAAUUCUAGAAGAAUUGAAAUCAUUUGCCAAUACUUCCCAAAAUGGCGUAGACUCCCAGUCGCUUUUCCUGCGUGUUGAUCUGUUGCUAAAAGCACAAGAUGAUUUAAUAAAACAAAAAGACCUCGAAUAUAAAAAGAAAGAACUCGAAUCUAGAAAGAAAGAACUUGAAUAUAAGAAAAAAGAUCGUGAAUACAGAAAAAAAGAUCGUGAAUAUGUACGAGUAGAUGAAAAGGUUGCAGACAAAAGGUUGGAAUAUAAGCAUAAAAAACAAGAAUAUGAAACGUUCCUUUACAUGUUAGAGGCACAGUGUAAUUAUUGCCCCGGGUUCUUUGACGAUUAUGAAAAUCAGGAUAUUAUGACGCACUUGGAAUUCAAAUUAUCGAGCCUACCAUCCUCAGUGGCCCGUCGAAAUUUUCGCUUUAGUAAACAGCAGAUUUUCGAGCUAGAAGGGCUCUUGGUGUUGAAUGAUAAAGAACUCAUCAAAGAGUAUGACUUCCCACGGCCUCCAUUGGAAUGUCUUUGUGUACUCCUUGCAAUAUUGACAACUGGCCGAGGACCCACUGACUUCUGUACCUUUUUCGGGAAAGAGGAAGAUGUAUUGUCUGAAGCCAGUCUUACUUGUGCAGAAUUCAUCUGUGAUAGAUUCGGCUACCUCUUACGUUUUGGAGAGUAUGAUCUCCCGUAUGAAAGAGGGGUUAGGCUACUGGACAUUGGGUUCUUGAAAGAAAAAGGUUCCUCAAGACAGCUAGGACCCUCGGAGAAGCCAGAGUACACCAACAUGUUGAGCUCUUCUAUUCUGCUCCACGGUAAUCUUGCGUUUUACUUAGAUAGUAUGCUUGUGAGUGUAAAUGACCCGGAGAGCAAGUGUGCAGCAUUUCACACAGAGUUGCGGACAUUUCACCCAAAGUUGCAGACAUUUCAUCCAGAGUUGCAGACAUUUCAAUACCAGUGCUUGAUUGAUGUUGACAAUAUAAUCUAUUCCUUGAUGGGUCCCUUCACAUACCCUAAUGAGCAAAUGAACCGGGUAUUGGAAAGUUUGGCAAUCAGCGUUGAUAAUAUUACACCAGAUGUUUGCGUUUAUUCACAUGAAGGUGGGAAAGGGUCAGAUUUUAUAAUAGUGCCCUAUGAAAGAGAAGAAAUGGCUAAACUUGAAGAAGAUCGCGAUGCAUUGGGUCCUGAAGACUUCGAUCACAUCCAAAAGAAAUUGAGAUCACACGAUAAGGCUAUGUCCCGGAUUCGUCAAGAAACUAGGAAACAUUUCGCCGAUGUUUUGUGCCAUUUCGGUACCUUUAGGGCCUCCAACAGGAAACAACUAGACCCAUACCUGGCAAAUCUAUUAUUCACGAGUGCCAUUUUCUUCAAGAACAUUGAAACUGUCUAUCAGAGAAACGACAUCUCCGUAAAUGAAUAUCUCGGUUGGGAGAAGCUUGUGGAUUAA